AUGACUUCAUUCAACUGCACCGCCGAGGUGUGGUUCAACAUCAUUGUCGUGUCCCUCACGACCGCAGUCUUUCUCGGGUUUCCCACCCUGCUUCGGGUGUACAGCAAACAUGCUGCUACCUCUGAGGAUAGAAAGGCGAUCAACAUCACCACCCCCACCACCCCCCGCUUGUUCACUGCCCAGAAACUCCACAAGGAGCGUAGUGCGGAUAAGGAGAAGGACAAGAGACUUCAACUGCUUGAGGAGAAAGCCAAACAGUACGAAGCCCACCAGGAAAAGCUGGACAAAAACCUUAAGAGGGAGCAGGAGAAGAAUGAGAUGCUGCGAGUCAAAUUGCACGACAAAGACAGUCGGAUUGCGGACCUGCGUAAGCAGCGCACCCGCCCACUCACCUGGAAGGAGGAGUGCCAGAUGCACGAGGAUUGCUCUCUGACCUUGCAUACGCUCCGGAGAAACCACGCGAGCGAGAUGGACCAAGUCAAGGCUAAGGCCCAAGAUAAUGCCAAGCGCGAGCUGUACCAGGCGAACUUCAAAAUUGAACUUCUUCACAAGCAACUGGCCAAGGCUGAGCUGCGAAUCGAGAAGCUCACUAGUGACAACUUGAUCAUUGAAGAAGAACUUGCACGAUGCAAGGCCCAAAUCGACACUUCCGCAGCCAAUUAUUCCCAGGACCUACAGCUCAAAGACAAAGAGCUCGCUGAGCAAAGCUCUCUCUUCGCCAACCUCAAUCAGCAUCUAGAGCAAAAGACUGCCUCUGCCGCCGAGGAAGCCACUCGUUGCGAUACCACCAUCCGAGACCUUAACGCCGAGGUCAGUACCAAGGACGAUAAGCUAAAGGAAGCUCUGGCUCAGAUCGAACAGGUCAGAAAUGACCAGCCUGAGGAGCUUAAGAACGCCCUAGCUCGCAUUGUGGAGCUUGAGAAGGACAAGAGCGUACUGUUGAAGGAGAGGUACCCGGACAAACCACAGCCUCCUGUGGUGGAAGACACGGAGAUGGUCGACAUGGAGGACGUUGAAAUGACCGAUGCAUCUGCGGCCAACAUGCCCGCCCGGCCUUCCAAUGUGCUCGCUGGUGCAGCUCCGCAAGCUGGGUGCCGUGAUCGCCAGGCCUACAAGGUCCAACUCGACAAGCAGUUCCAGGUCUACAAAGUCAAGCUCGAGAACCAAUGCAAGGCCUACAAGGUCCAGCUCGUAAACGAGGCCCAGGCUUACAAGGUCAAGCUCGACAACCAGUUCAAGGCCCACAAGGUCCAGCUCGUAAACGAGGCCCAGGCCUACAAGGUCCGACUGGACAAGGAGCGCCGGGCCAGCCGUGCCCAGCUUGAAAGCCAAGCUCUGACCUGGAAAACGGGAGAGGAGAGAAAACUUCAAAUCUCAAUCAACCGGAUAAACCGGGCCAAGGACGUGGUUGAUGGAAGGAACAAGGAUCUGGAAAAGAAAAUUGAGAGUAUGGAGGAGGCGACUGCCCUCGACCAGGCCACCCUCCGCCUACUGCAAGCGCAGCAGCAGCCGAUCCAAGGACAACUCGGCCAACAGAACCAGCCCACUCAGACCCCUACCCAGCAAUCUUCACGUCCACGGAAUCAGCCAGCCAGCCAGCCUAGGGGGAAAGGCGUUCGAUUUAACAUUACCACGAAUGCCGUUACGCGGCCCGCUGGAACCUUCGGCCUCGGACCAAAGUAA